GGGGAGGAGGAGAAGGAAGAAAGGUUGGCACAUUCCGAGGGUGCAGAAACCUUAAGGCGAUUAGAAAUCACGGAGAAUUGAAAACCACAGACGUCGGGAUAUACCAGACACACGACACAAACCACUCCUGGACUUUUCUGGCCAGUGCUGAGAACUGCGUCGGGUUAGCUCAAGUUAUUUUUUUGUAUAUAAUGUUUUACGCUCUCUUUGUUAUCUGUCAUCUGUCUUUGGAAAAGUGGUGCGCGAAACUGUCGAUAGCAAAAUAAUUUUCCGCGAAGAAGUAUUCCAUAUCUGUUUCAUAACUAAAAUCGUAAAGUUGAAAAAAGAAUUUUCGAUAAACGACUCGCCAUGUGAACAAUCCUGUUGCGAUUUUUUUUUAACUGAAUGAUGUUGAGGAUAUAAAAACAUUGCGCGCAUGAGACAGAAAUGAAAUACUGGAUGCCUCAUUGUUUUUGCAAGUGACUUCAUCAACUAACGUGACGAGAAGAUGCAGACUCUGGCGGCACUUAUUGUAUUGAUGGGGUUGGUCGUUGCAGGAAGGAACCAAGUUAUUUCAGACCAGGAUGGAAGUGUCACAGAGAUCAAGAUCAACGGGUCGGUAUCGUUGUCGAUCAAAACCGAAGGUGAGGUCACCGCCCUUCUGCUCCUGCUCACUCCUGCUGGCCACCAGCAGGUGAAAGUCAACAGUAACUGUAACACUCCUGGGGAUAAACAAGACGUUGCCAGGGGCGACGAAAGGGACGCCGUCCUCGAAUCGUCUACUAGGGCAUCUGUUACCAAGGCCAGGCCAGCCAAGGUCACCCUCAACGAUAUCAUUGCCCUUCGGGUCGUAGCUGAUCCUCCAGGCGAUACUGAGGGCAUCAUGACGUCCACGCCCUCACCUGUUCCCCUUGCCAGAAACUGCCUUGACCUCCAAGCAUCAGGAGAAGGGGAGAAUGGCGUCUACGUCAUCCACCCUUACGAGUGCUGUUCGAAUCGCUCGGCGAGGGUCUACUGCGACUUCGAAACCGACGGCGGGGGCUGGACGGUGAUCCAGAGACGGGGGUUGUACGCUGUCCAGGAGGACUUUUACCGUGGUUGGUAUUCGUACGUCGACGGCUUCGGGGAUCUGUCCCAGGAGUUCUGGCUGGGUCUCAACAACAUCCACGCCCUCACAAACCAGAGCGCCUACGAGAUUCGCUUCGACCUCGAGGACUUCGAGGGCGAGACCCGGUGGGCAAAGUACAGCUCCUUCCACGUAAGAGAUGCGUCCGCUGAUUACCGGAUGGAGGUCGGUGGCUACGCAGGCACCGCCAAGGAUUCCUUCACGAGGCACAACGGCAUGCCCUUUGCCACCAAAGAUCACGAAUCUGCAAACAAAUGCGCCUCGACGUACAAGGGAGCCUGGUGGUAUGCCAUCUGCCACGACUCCAACCUCAAUGGCCAGUACUUACGAGGUCAACACCCAUCUUACGCCGACGGGGUCAACUGGCGCUCUUGGAAGGGUUAUUACUACUCCUUAAAGUUCACCGAGAUGAAGAUAAGACCGAAGUUGUGAGUCUUUGUGGAACGAGGAACAUCGGAAAUAGAAUAUGUGAGUUUCUGCCGAACGGGAAACAUCUGGAAUAGAUUGUACGAGUUUCUGUGGAACGGGAAACAUCUGGAAUAGAAUGUACGAGUUUCUGUGGAACGGGAAACAUCUGGAAUAGAAUGUACGAGUUUCUGUGGAACGGGAAACAUCUAAAAUAGAUAGUGCGAGUUUCUCUGGAACGGGAAACAUCUGGGAUAGAAUGUACGAGUUUCUCUGGAAAGGGGAACCUUCUGAAAUAGAAGAUACGAUUUUCUCUGGAACGCAAAACAUCUGAAAUAGAAUGUAUGAGUUUCUGCGUAAUGGAAAGAAUCCAGAACAAAAUGUCUCUGGGUUUCUGGGGAAAGAUGGAGUCUUUGCAAGUUUCCAUGGAAAGGGAAGGACCUGGAACAGAGCAUCUCUCAGAAAUAGUCUUUUUUAGAGGUUCCCAGUGAGUGACUGCUGGUAUUUCAUGUCAUUUCUCUUUAUCUGCCUGUUCGCGUAUUCUCUUUGAUUUUUUCCCUUUUACUUCAUUAUGUGUGUUUCGUUCACGCAUCAGAUCAGUCUCAGACUGCUAAUGCUGAAGACUGAUAAUGGUAAAAAUCAUUCACAAAACACCAUUGACUGCAUAUUGCAAUAUCCUAAAAUCUGCUAUAAUGUUAUUUAUCUAUGACAAAUUGAUAGUAUAAGUAAUGAUGUUUUUCAAGGAAGAAUGAAAUACAUCACAGAUUCGAUUAUUUUAUUUUGGAUUCCG